AUAAGCAUUCUCUGUUCUGCGAUCACAACUUGACGACACGAGCGUGACAUGAAUCAAACGUGUUAGCUUUGGGAAACUCCAUGAAGAUCGAUGACGUAUCCUGUGAUCCCAGUUGUUUAGCGCCAGUCUUACCGAUUACAUUACGAAGUGUUCUACGUGUACUAUUGUUAUUCUUAGACGAUAAACGAUUGAAAUAAUAAUAUGACGGACAAUAUUUAUUUAAGAUGUUCUAUCAUUGUUUUAUUAUGUGCUACAACUUUUGCUACAGCAGGAGGAUUUGGAUCCUUUGCAGGGAGUAGUUCUUCAGCAUUCAGUAGUGCAUCGAGUAAUGCACAAGCAACAGGAUCUGUCGCAAGUGCAAUAAGUUCUGCGAAUGCAUUUACCGGUGGUGCAUUUCCUUCGAAAAAUCCAGACGGUACGAGUCAUGGAUUAACUCAUCAGCAAGGUAUUUCUGUUGGUUCUGGAAGCUUUGUAGGAAUUCAUCCGGGUUCUGAUAAGUUUGGAUUGAAUCAUCAAGGUUCUAGUGGAGUUAAAGGAGCUCACAAUAAUCAUAAAUCUCAGUCACCUUGCUCUCAAUGUGCACAUACCAAAGAAAAAUGGGAUUACGAUAAUUAUGAUGAACAACCUGAAGAAAAGGAUGAGGAAACACAUGGAGAAGACGAUGAUUGCGAUGAUGGUCAAUACAGACCUGAACAUCAUUAUAAACAUGACAAUAGUGGAGAUGGUAAGGAACAUGAAGAAGAGACAGUACCGGGUGUAUAUAAAGUAGGAAACACCGAUCAAUACGAUUACGAUCAAGAAAAUGAUAAAGGUGCAUACACACCGGGUGGUAACAAAGGACAGGGUAACAACAAUUAUGGUAACACUGGAUUAACUGGAGCUAAUAAUCAAAAUUCAAAUAAUAAUAAUGGUGAUUAUCAACAUAGUACGAAGUAUCCAUUUGCACAUCCAAAUGCAGGUGCAUCGAAAGAUUUUUCACAUCUUACAAUAAACCCGAGUGAUUUCCAUAAGAAGAAAGAGAAUGAUAAUAAGAAUGUAGGCACUCCUGGAGUUGUUGCACCUACUUUGGGUGCUGGUGGUAAUUAUGGAAAUGCGAAUAAAGGUCCAUUUGGUAGUCCAACACCAAGUCAAACGAAUUUGGGAAGCGUAGGUGGUACUAAUGGUGGUUGUUCUAAGAGUGGAUCUGGAGGAGGAUGUUCAACAAGUGAGACUGACUCUAAUUUACAUCAAGGUCCUGUAAAAAUUGGUCAGACACAGUUACCACAAGGCAGUGUUGCACCCAGUUUCAACACUGGAGAAAAUAAAGGUACUCCGGGAUGUAAGAGUUUGGAUGGAAAUUGUGGUAUUGGUAAAAUAGAUGGAACAGGACAAUACCAAUCAACAUCUGUAGGAAGUGGACAGAAUUUACAGAGUGGAUACAAUGGUGGUUUAAAUGCAGGGAAUAAACCACAGUCGUAUGAUCAACAGCAUACAGGGCAACCGAAUAAAGGUAAUUUACCAAGUGGACCGGGAAGUAAUGUAGGUGUAGGAUCUGGUUGUGGUUUCGGAUCGACUUCCUCUGGUUGUUCAAAAGAAGGAACACCUUUGCAAAAGAACACACCAAUUCCUAGUCAAACGUAUGGAAUUGGAGGUAGUGGACCUAGUUCUGUAGGCGUUGGAAGCAAACCGAUUCCAACACAAGUAUAUGGAAGUGGAUCUGGUAACGUUGCUGUUGGAAGCACACCUUUUCCUACUCAAACUCAUGGAACUUUCGGUAGUGGAUCUGGUAAUGUUGGUGUGGGAAGCAAACCUUUUCCUACUCAAACCCAUGGAACUUUCGGUAGUGGGUCUGGUAACAUUGGUUUUGGAAAUAAACCAAAUACAUACGAUCAACAACACACAGGAUUACUGAAUAAAGGUAAUUUACCAAGUGGACCCGGUGGUAACAUAGGUAGUGGAUCUGGUUGUGGUUCUGGAUCAUCUUCUUUUGGUUGCUCAGAUAAAGGAACACCUUUGCAAAAGAACACACCAAUUCCUAGUCAAACGUAUGGAGUUGGAGGUAGUGGAACUGGUCACCUAGGUGUUGGAAGCAAACCGAUUCCAACACAAGUAUAUGGUAGUGGAUCUGGUAAUGUUGGUGUUGGAAGCACAUCUUUUCCUACUCAGACUCAUGGAACUUUCGGUAGUGGAUCUGGUAACAUUGGUUUUGGAAAUAAACCAAAUACAUACGAUCAACAACAUACAGGAUUACCGAAUAAAGCUAAUUUACCAAGUGGACCCGGAGGAAAUGUAGGUGCAGGAUCUGCUUGUGGUUCUGGAUCAUCUUCUUCUGGUUGUUCAGAUGAAGGAACACCUUUGCAGAAGAACACACCAAUUCCUAGUCAAACGUAUGGAGUUGGAAAUAGUGGAACUGGUCACGUAGGUGUUGGAAAGAAACCGAUACCAACACAAUUAUACGGAACUGGAUCUGGUAACGUUGGUGUUGGAAGCACAUCUUUUCCUACUCAGACUCAUGGAACUUUCGGUAGUGGAUCUGGUAACAUUGGCUUUGGUAAUAAACCAAAUUCAUACGAUCAACAACAUACAGGAUUACCAAAUGCAGGUAAUUUACCAAGUGGACCUUCUGGUACCAGUGGUGUAGGAUCUGGUUGUGGCUCUGGAUCACCUUCUUCUGGUUGCUCAAAUGAAGGAACACCUUUGCAAAAGAACACUCCAAUUCCUAGUCAAACGUAUGGAACUGCAGGAAGUGGACCAGGUUAUGUAGGCGUUGGAAGCACACUUUCUCCUACUCAAACGCAUGGAACUUUUGGUAGUGGAUCUGGUAACAUUGGUUUUGGAAAUAAACCAAAUACAUACGAUCAACAACAUGCAGGGUUACCGAAUAAAGGUAAUUUACCAAGUGGACCCGGAGGUAACGUAGGUGGUGGAUCUGGUUGUGGUUCUGGAUCAUCUUCUUCUGGCUGCUCAAAUGAAGGAACACCUUUGCAAAAGAAUACGCCAAUUCCUAGUCAAACGUAUGGAGUUGGAGGUAGUGGAACCGGUCACCUAGGUGUUGCAAGCAAACCGAUUCCAACACAAGUACAUGGAAGUGGAUCUGGUAACGUUGGUGUUGGAAGCACACCUUUUCCUACUCAAACUCAUGGAACUUUCGGUAGUGGGUCUGGUAAUGCUGGUUUUGGAAAUAAACCACAUUCGUAUGAUCAACAACAUACAGGCAUACCGAAUGCAGGUAAUUUGCCAAGUGGACCCGGAGGUAACGUAGGUGGUGGAUCUGGUUGUGGCUCUGGAUCACCUUCUUCUGGUUGCUCAAAUGAAGGAACACCUUUGCAAAAAAAUAUACCAAUACCCAGUCAAACGUAUGGAUCAACAGGCAGUGGACCCGUUGGAAAAAAACCGAUACCAACACAAUUAUAUGGAAGUGGAUCUGGUAAUGUUGGUGUUGGAAGCACACUUUCCCCUACUCAAACUCAUGGAACUUUCGGUAGUGGGUCUGGUAACGUUGAUUUAGGAAAUAAACCCCAUUCAUAUGAUCAACAUAAUAUAGGACAACCCAAUAAAGGUAAUGUGCCUAGUGGACCUUCUGGUACCGUUGGUGUAGGAUCUGGUAGCACAUCUGGUGAAUCUUCUGCUCCUUGUAAUGAUGAUGGAACACCUUUACAAAAGAACAUACCUAUUUCUUCUCAAGCAUUUGGAUCAGCUAGUAGUGGAAGUGGACAAUCUGCUUUUGGGAAUCCAAAUUCUUAUCAAUUUAAUACAGGAAACCCUUUCCUAUAUGGUGGACAACCUAAUUCCAAACCAAACAUUUAUCCAACUAGUUCACCACCUUUCUCAAAUAGUCUCAGCACCACUGUUAAACCAAUCGGCCAUGGAAAUCCUUUUCUAGAUGGCACCAUAACCAACACAUUCGGAUCCCAACAUGUUACUCCCCUUGGAGUAACUCCAAUUCAAAAUAAUGUGCCAAAUAAGCCUAUUGGUGCUGGUAAUCCAUUUUUAUCAAGCGGAGGUGCAGGUAGUUCGACAUUUGGUACCGCAAUCCAUCCUGGUAUUAAUAUAGAAAACAAUUCACCAUCAACUGUUAGACCAAUCGGACAAAACAAUCCAUUUUUUGGAACUCCAAGUGGAAAUUCAGUAAAUAAAUACCCUAGUGGAGUUGAUAGCAACAAAAAUACACCUUUCGGAAGUGGAACAUCUAAUCCUUCUUCUUCGAAUGAUCAAAAUUCAAAUGUGCAAUUUCCAAAAUCGAAACAAACGUCAGGAAUACCAGGAGUAAUAGGAAUCUCAUCUUCCGGAACCUAUCCAAAUACAAAUCAAGGUGUUAAGGGUGGCCCACAUCAUAACCCAACAUCUGGAAGUGUUGGAACGAGUAGUGCAGGAGCUUCCAGUUCUGGAUUCAACACACCUAAUUCAUACAAUAAUAAUGGUGGUCAUGGUACAGGCUCGUUGAUAGGAACCGCUAAUAUUAAAAAACCUUCAUACACCCUUUUAAAUUCACCUAACUCUGCAAAUGACAAUGGAAAUAAUCCAAAUGGUCAAUUUAAUCAUCAAAUAGCAAAUGCCGGAGCUCAAUCAUUCGCAGGUGCUAGUGCAGGUGCCAGUGCAGGAAGUUACGCUGGUUCUUUCAGCAGUUCUCAAGCAUCCAGUUCGAGUUCCAGUUUUGCUAGCAGUAAAUCUGGGUCGUAUGCAAUUAACGGAGAUCCGAAUAUUUUACAUCAACUGAACGGAAAUUGGCCGAUCAACGCGGCUAAAAGUUUGGAUGAAAUAAUCAAUCCUGGAUGGCCAUCUUCAAAUGCAGGAUCCCAAGCUUCUGCAUUUGCUAGCAGCAGCGCAGGAAGUUGGUCGGGACCUCAACCAUUCGGUGUUAAAAGUAGAUAAAUCAAAUAUAAAAACAUACAAAUGUGAUGGAAACAAAAAAAUUGCAACUUUAAAGAGUAUACUAUUAUCGUCUAGGUGGAAGUGGUUAGAUUUUAAUUAGUUUAAGCAAAAAAGAACAAGAGAUGUAACGCUUGAAAAUAUUACUAAAUAUAUUUACAAUUA